AUGUGGGGCAGCGGAAGAGGCAUCGAAAACGUCCACGGCAACAAUCUCGGAUACUACAACCAAGGCAUGGACGCAGCUCACUCGCGCUGCGGCGGGAGCAGCUGUGCCUUGAUCGUGAACCCCCCAGGUCACCGCAGCAUCAAUCAGUUCCACAUCCACUUUUUUCACUAUGCUG